CCUCACUCCAACACCGGCUGCUCCCGCGGAAUCGCGGGGUCACGGAAACAGCAUCCUCCGGCGGCGUUUCAGAGAUACAAUUGAGGCUCUCGAUUCGGCCGAGCUGAACCUAAGUGCAGCCCAGGUGUGACAUAGAACAAUCUAGAUUCACCUCAAAGAAAAAUAACACUCUAGAUUGUGUUGUGGGAUAUUGCUGUACUAUGUGUCGUCGCUCGUCACCUGCGAAAUUGUGUUCUACACAUGUUGUUCUUGCCUCGCUGUUAACUAGGACAAAUGGACAAUACUGUCUCAGUUCAGUUUAAUUGACUUAGGCUUCUACCGAAUGUGGGUGGAAACAAAAGCAGGCAUGGGCAGCAACGGUUUUGAUUCAACUAGUUUCUUUGGUACCGAGGAGGAUGGACCAAAUUUAUCGCCAUUUCUCCGCAAGCUUUUUAAAGAGUGGGAUGACCGCAAGGCGAGGGGCUUGUUUCACCAUGACAUCACUGCUUGUGAGACCAAGGUGCUACCUGGAGAGCACAAUUUUGUGGCAACGUUGAUAGAAGGGCGUGACCAGAAGAAGCGGCCGACUGAAUUUGGAAUGAACCAGGUUAUCCAGCCAUUUGACGGUGGCAAGUUCAAUUUCACAAAAGUUAGACCAGAGGAGGUGAUCUUCAGAUUCCAAGAAACUGAAGAUGAGUCUGCCCGGUAUUUUAAUGAUUCUCCCCACACUGUUUCGGCUUCACCUAGCGCCAUUUUGAUCAAUGUGAGCCCAAUCGGGUACUGUCAUGCGCUUUUGAUCCCUCGAAUCCAGGAAUGCUUGCCACAAAGGGUUGAUCAGGAGAGUUUCUUAGUGGCCAUGUAUGUCGCGAGGGAGGCAAGGAAUCCCUUCUUCAGAGUUGGCUAUAACAGUCUGGGUGCCUUUGCAACUAUCAAUCACCUACAUUUCCAGGCAUACUAUCUGAAAGUGCAAUAUCCAGUCGAGAAGGCGCCGACAGAGAUACUGACAGUCCUAAGGAAUGGUGUCAGCAUUUCUCAGCUGGUGCAGUACCCAGUGAGCGGCUUUGUGUUUGAAGGAGGAAGGAGCAUGGAGGAUCUGUCACAGGUGGUCUCAAAUGCCUGCAUCUUCUUGCAAGAGAAUAAUACACCGUUCAAUGUCCUUAUCUCCGAAUCUGGCAAGAGAGUUUUCCUUCUACUACAGUGCUAUGCUGAGAAGCAGGUCCUCGGGAAAGCGAGCCAGGAGUUCCUAGACAUGAGAAUCAAUCCAGCAGUCUGGGAGCUCAGCGGCCAUUUGGUUCUGAAGAGGAGGAAGGACUACGAUGAAGCGUCUGAGGCGACAUUAUGCAGGUUUUUGGUUGAAGCAUCCUUGUCUGGAGCAGAGUUCCUGGAGCUGAAGUUGCGCGUCCUGGAAUUUCUGGACAGCGCAAGUCUGAAGAGUAGAGAUGAAAAUGUUAUGAGGUACUUAGUGAUUAGUGAUCAGUAGUGGUGGGUUAGCUAAACUGGUUCAGAUAUGCUGCCAAUUGUCAGCUGAGCAUACGUACCUCUACUCUAUGAUGAGAACGUUGAAAGUCGUUUUUCUUGUA